AAAUUACAUUAAUAGUAUCGCAGCACCACUAGCCACAUGCAUUUGUAGUUAAAAAUACGGAAAAAUUUUCUAAACUUUCAAAAUAUUAAAAAAUUUAUUUCUGAAGAAGUUACACUUAGUUGAGUUUUAGAAUGGAAGUGGAAAAUAUAAAAAGCGAUGAUUUCUUGCCGCCAUCGGAGUUGAAAAGACCAACCAAACGAUCUGCGAAUUUCAAUGAAGCAAUGCAUGUUGAUGAAGAAUCUCCGUUGCAGGAAACAAAACAAAGAUUUCAAGCCCCACGUGCGAAACGCCAAAAAAGCGAUUUGAGAAGGAUCUCUGUUCCACCACACAGAUAUUCGUCACUUAAAGAGAAUUGGAUGAAAAUUUUCACUCCAGUUGUUGAACAUAUGAAACUUCAAAUAAGAUUUAAUAUGAAAGCGAAACAAGUAGAAAUUCGAAUUAGCAAUGAAACUCCCGACGUAUUGAAUCUACAAAAAGGAGCUGACUUUGUUAAAGCUUUUCUCUGUGGAUUCGAAGUGGAUGAUGCUUUAGCGUUACUCCGUUUAGAAGAUUUAUUCGUAGAAACAUUUGAAGUAAAAGAUGUUAAAACACUACGUGGCGACCACCUAAGUCGCGCUAUAGGACGUUUGGCUGGUAAAGGAGGUCGUACGAAAUUUACCAUAGAGAACGUUACAAAAACGCGUAUAGUUUUGGCGGACAGUAAAAUCCACAUUUUGGGCAGCUAUCAAAAUAUACAACUGGCGCGAAGAGCGAUUUGCAAUCUUAUACUUGGUUCACCUCCUAGCAAAGUGUACGGCAACCUUCGUUCCGUAGCCAGCCGGUUGUCCGAGCGUAUGUGAAAUAAUAAUGCACAUAUGUACAUGCAUAUAUUUGUAUGGAAAAUUUUUGAUCUAUUGUUACAAAUAUUGAUAUUUUAUUUCCUCAUUUAUAGCUUUGUAAAAAUAAGAAGAAUAAGCAUAAAUAAAGUUACAGCUGCCAAUACCAUAAUAAUA